GUUCCAAAAAGUCGGGUUGGACGUAUAGUUCGCGCUCCUUUCAUGAAGUUCCUCUACUAUUCGAUCUCGUUUGGAUGCUUCCUGCUACUGCUUACCGCUGCAACAUUCGAGCAUUAUCGCUAUGAGAAGGGCGAAGUGAAAGGUGGUGGAAAUAAUCGAGCAGCUGACCGCGGUCCGCCACCAACUCUCAUCGAGUCUUUGGUUUUUCUGUGGGUCUUCGGGAUGUUCUGGUCUGAAGUGAAACAAAUUUGGGAGGAAGGCUUCAAGAAGUAUAUUUAUCAGUGGUGGAACUGGCUAGAUUUCCUGAUGAUGAGUCUGUACAUCUGUAUGAUAAGCCUCAGCAAGGUCACGAACGGUUCGUUGUUCGAACUCAUUGGAAUUCACUGGAGCCAAUGCUUGUUGCUGAGGCGUUAUUCGCUGUGGCCAAUAUAUUCAGCUUUUCUCGGAUCAUUUAUCUGUUCCAGAUGA